GCCAUGCCACGUUGAGCAAUUCACAAAUCAUCCCCCACUUCGGAAGAUCCUCACACUUUCGAGAUUCUACAAUCUGUAGCUAAGCACAUAGACUGUACUAGCUCUCUUGUCUCCUUAACACAUUGCUUUGUUCCUGAUUAGUUUAUGGUGUAAUAGUCACCAACAGAUGCUACAGUUAAUAGCGUAACUUUAUAUCUCACUUGGGACCAGGAUUCCUCCCUCGGGUAGUAGGGGUUCACUCCUUGGAGUGAUUUUAGGGUGUAUUUCAAAGGACGGGAAGGAUUUCAGAGGAGUCUAGGAUGAAAUAUAAGGUGGUAGUGUUGACACUUGACUUCCGGCUGGAAUUUUAAACUUGAAUGUUGGUUUUAUUGCUGGAGGUAUUAUUAGCCCAAUCCUUGGGGUUCAGGGACACCCCACCCCCGAUGCUCCAAAUAUUUCUCUAUGAAGUAGCUGACCUCUGACCCCACUCCCUCACUGAGCCUAACCAGCAGUGAGGCCUUUUCUUCAGAUUCUCACAGGCAGGACUUUCUCCUCCGUGUUUCUCCGGACCUCAGAAAUGACCCCAUUGAAGACUGGAGAUCAACAUUCCGGCAAGUAGCAGAGCGGAUGCAGAAGACGCAAGAGGAACAGGAAGCUUUUCUGCUCAAUCCCGCCAUUGGGCCCGAGAGGCUCAGUGGCUCUUCCCGGAUGAAAGACGGGAGCGCCACCAAGAUUCUGCUGGAAACCCUGCUGCUAGCGGCACAUAGGACUGUGGACCAAGGUGUUGCAGCCUCUCAAAGAUGCCUUCUGGAAAUCCUGAGGACAUUUGAGCGGGCUCAUCAGGUGACCUAUAGUCAAAGUUCCAAAAUUGCCACCCUGAUGAAGCAAGUCAGCACCAGCCUGGAGAAGAAGGGCCGAGUGUACUUAGUUGGCUGGCAGACCCUCGGCAUCAUCGCCAUCAUGGAUGGAGUAGAGUGCAUUUACACCUUCGGUGCUGAUUUCCAAGAUAUCCGUGGCUUUCUCAUGGGUGACCACAAUGGCAUGUUUAACCAGAAGGCAGAGCUCACCAACCAGGGUCCCCAGUUCACUUUCUCCCAGGAGGACUUCCUGACGGCCAUUCUGCCAUUCCUCGUGGAAACUGACACCGUGGUCUUCAUUUUCACCCUGGAUGGUGAGAGGGAAGAUGGGACCAGUGGACUGAAAGCAGCAGUGGUUUAGAGGGGCUGCCACUCUGAGUCUCAGGGUGCCUUGUCAGAGGGAGGGUAUCUUAGUUAGGGUUGCUAUUGUGAUAAACACCAUGACCAAAACCAACUUG